GCUGCUCCGCUCCGGGCUGGAUCGGGGCUGUGCCGGCUGCCGCUGCCCCUGCCCCUGCCCCGGGGCGGUGCUGCCGGCUCUGCGCAGCGCUGGGCAUGGCGGCUCCCUGGGAGGACGUGGUGCGGGACCAGGAGGCGGUGCGGGAGGCGGCGGCGGUGGCGGUGGACGCGGCGCUGCUGGAGGGAGUGCUGAUGCGGACCGAGGGGGAGCCCAACGCCUCGGAUGUAGUGAAUUAUGCUCCCUUCACGUUGCUCCCAUCUGCAGUACCAAGUGCCUUGUUUGAACAAGCCUACGCUGUGCAGCAAGAUUUUAACCUGCUUGUGGAUGCUAUUAGUCAAAAUAAAGAAUUCCUGGAGCAUACCCUGGCCAGCACCAUCAAGGUAGAUGACUUCACAGCUCAACUCUUCAGAAUCCACAAGCAAGUUUUGGAGGAAGGCCUAGCUCAGUCUGUGUUUUUAGGCAUAAACCGCUCUGAUUACAUGUUUGAUUGUGGAGUGGAUGGGACACCAGCUCUGAAGCAGAUUGAGAUAAACACCAUUGCUGCCAGCUUUGGAGGCCUCACCUCCCGCACUGUGGCUGUCCAUGGGAGGGUGUUGAAAGUGCUGGGGAAGUCUGAGGAGGCAUCACGCCUGCUGCCCAACAACCCAUCCAAAGGGCUUGCCUUGGGUAUUGCAAAAGCCUGGGAGCUCUAUGGUUCUCAAAGUGCUGUGGUGAUGUUUCUGGUGGAGGAAGUCCAGAGGAACAUUUUUGAUCAGCGAUGUGUAGAAAAUGAGCUUUGGAACAGGAAUAUUCGGGUCAUCAGGAAGCGGUUCAGAGAUGUGUUUGAAAAGGGCUCCCUGGAUGAUGCCAAGAGGCUGUAUAUGGAUGGCCAGGAGGUUGCAGUGGUGUACUACAGAGAGGGCUACGUGCCAAACAACUACAACCAGCAGAACUGGGAGGCACGGUUGUUGCUGGAGAGAUCAAGGGCAGUGAAGUGCCCUGACAUUGCUACCCAACUGGCAGGCACCAAGAAGGUCCAGCAGGAGCUGAGCCGGCCAGGGAUGCUGGAGAGAUUGCUGCCUGGCUGCACUGAGGCUGUCACUCGAAUAAGAGCAACAUUUGCUGGACUCUAUUCCCUGGACAUGGGUGAAGAGGGUGACAAGAUAGCUGCUAAAGCUAUUGCUGACCCUGACCGGUUUGUGCUGAAGCCACAACGAGAAGGUGGAGGCAACAACCUCUAUGGUGAGGAGCUCAGACAGGUUCUGGAGAAGAUCAGAGACAGCCCUGCGAGAACCUCCUACAUCUUGAUGGAUAAGAUCAAACCACAGCCAACAAAGAAUUACCUGCUGAGGGCUCACAGUCCCCUGCAAGUGUCCGAGUGCAUCUCUGAGCUGGGGAUUUUUGGUGUCUAUGUCAGGCAUGGCAAGGAGAUGGUGAUGAACACCACUGCCGGCCACCUCUUGCGGACCAAGGCCAUCGAGCACGCGGAUGGGGGGGUGGCUGCUGGGGUGGCAGUGCUGGACACUCCUUACCUGGUGUGAGGAGGUGAUGCCCCAGCCCUCCCACCUCGCUCUGCUGCCCCAAGAGCUGACCUGCCCCAGCCCUGUUCUCCUUAGGGUGCAUUUACUGACGUGUCAGGGGCUGAGGAGGGAACUGCAUGGACACAACUGCUCAAGUGUCCUGUGUGCCAGCCCCAGCUCCUCUGCAAUUCCUCCUGCAGGGAGCAGGGACUCCCUUGCUCUGCCUGCUCAGAGGGCACUGCCCCUUGUUUGUCCCAGCUGCAACCUCCUAGGGCUGUGCUGGUCUGGGUGUUGCCCUGGGGUCCAGCCCGUGGGCAGGGGCUUGUACAGAGCUCUGGGUGAGCACCCCACACCCAGUGCCUCAGUGCUCUGCAGGGUGGAGAGGAGCUCUGCUCCCCAGGCCCGUGGCCACUCCAGGUCAGGUGUUCUGUCCUGAUUUCUACUGUGCCUGAGGAUCCUGCCCAAGGGACAGCUGCCCAGGGGUGACUUACCCACGGGCCUCUUUCUUGCUCUUGCUUUGCCCCGCUCCUGCUUUGCUGGACAGGGUGCUCAUUCACACGGUGCCUCUGCACUGCCCAGGGCAGGCAGCAGUGCACAAUGCAUCUGAUGUGCCAUGCCCUUCCCAGGGGGAGGCUGCAUCUGCUCCCAGUGCCUCCUGCAGCCUUGUGGGCUUAAGAAUCCCCCACCCACAGUGGCAGAUCCCAGUAUGACCAGGAACUAGAGCCUGGUGUCACAACCAGUGUGGUGAUAAUCCCUGAGGGCUUCUCCCACUGCAGCUCCCACUGAGCAGCAUCUCCUUCAGCAUGUGCAGCCCAGGAGCAGGUUUGGGGAGCCCUGACCUGGGUAAUGGUACUGCUGGGACCUGGGGCAGACUGAGAGUGGGAGCUUUGGGGUGAGGAAGCAAAGGAAUUGCAGAAGCUGAGAGGUGCAGCUCCAGCUGCUCAUGGUGUCACUCUGGGACCAGCAGAUGGUGACAGAGCUCUCCCUCCAGGUUUCAUGAACCACUGGGACCAGUGCAGCAGUGGAGGGGCAGGGAGGAGUGUGGGCUCUCCUUCCCAAGGGCUUUUGCCUCUUCCUCCAGCUCCUCUUUUCUCCUCAGCCAAGCAGUUCAGGGGGCAAUGUUAAAGUUGCACCCUUCUGGCAGUGCUCUGGUAAAGUCUCCAGGCAGCCUCAGUUCUACCCUUUGAGUGACACCAGCAAGAAACAACCUAAAAAGCCACAAUUGCUGAAGAAUUCUGUCAGCUGUGCUGCCUGACAGCCCUGCAUCCUGCUGGGCAGCAGCACUGUGUGUUUCAAUCAAUCUUCCACCCUGACAUUUCUGUUCUGUGACUGAUCCUAGACUUCUGGGUGGUUUCAUUGCAGGGCUUGAUUAACCCCAACCAGAGAUUAAAAGGUAUGUGCAAUC